CUCUGACGCACACACAAACACACACACACACACACACACACACACACACACACCCAUGGCUGUCCUCUUGCCCCAGCUGCAAUUAUCAACAGAGCGUUUCACUUCUCUAGGUUGAAGGCAACUCUUUCCCGAACAGAGUAUACUCAGACGCUACAGAGAGCAUGAUGAGUGUCCUUUUGGAUUACGACCAUGACUAUCAUUAUUAUGACCAUGACCAUGACAAUAGUUCCAACCACAGUGACUAUGACGACAAGGAUUUCCACACAGUCUGCGACAAACAAGAGGUCCGGUCUUUCGCUGGGGUCUUUUUGCCAGUCGUCUACACCCUAGCAUUGAUCCUGGGCCUGGCCGGAAACUCGCUGGUCGUCUUAGUUUACCUUUCCCACAAAUGCUUACGGACACUGACGGACGUCUUCAUCCUCAACCUGGCCUUUGCAGACCUCCUCCUGCUCCUCACGCUGCCAUUCUGGGCUGCGGAUGCAGUGAAUGGCUGGGAGAUUGGCACAGCCGCCUGCAAGAUCACUUCAGCUCUCUACACCACCAACUUCAGCUGUAGCAUGCUGCUGCUGGCCUGCAUUAGCAUAGACCGCUAUCGUGCGCUAGCCAAAGGCUCCACCACCGCCAAUGCCCCAGCCAGGAACAACGCCCGCAGGCAGAGGAUAAUCAUGUGCCUCCUGGUUUGGGGACUUGCCAUUGUUCUCGGAUUGCCAGAUAUGGUGUUCUACACGGUGAAGAAGCAGCACUCGAGUGGGCGUAAUGCCUGCCGGGCAGUUUACCCACACAGCAUGGCGCUGGCAGCUAAAGCAACUCUGGAAAUUCUGGAAGUGUCUCUGAGCUUUCUUCUGCCUUUCCUGGUGAUGAUGUUCUGCUAUUGCAGGGUUGGAAUUGUGUUGGGUCAAGCCGCAACAGCGGGCGUACGUGGUGGAAGGAGAUGGCGGGCAUUUCGGGUUUUGAUAGCAGUGGUAGGUGUGUUCCUGUUGACCCAGCUCCCCUAUAAUGUGGUAAAAUUAGUCAGAGCCCUGGAUGUGAUCUACAAUUUAGUGACAGAAUGUGAGGUGAGCAAAAACCUGGACAGGGCCAAUCAAAUCACUGAAAGUCUGGCCCUCACGCAUUGCUGCCUGAAUCCUGUGCUCUACGUCUUUAUUGGCUCAUCCUUCAAAAUGCACGUUCUGAAGCUUGCCAAGCGCUGCGGGCAGACAGGAAGAGGGUACCGCCAUGGCAAUGAACAGCCCACUGUUGAGAUCUCCCUUAAGUCAGGCACACAAACUCACACUCACUCUUCGUCAGACAAUGAAGAAACGAGUACGUUCACCAUAUGACACCGCAAUAACUUCAACAAUGAGGACUGCCAACUAUAUUCCAGGACAUUAUUUUAAAAAUGACUGUUAUUGUCAAAAUUACUUAAACGCUUUCAUUUUUUAAAUAAUGUCCUUUUUGAUAAUAAAUAAAAUAAUUCCGUUUUGAUGUGAUCGCUAGCGUAUGCGUAUACAGUUGAACUUUUUUUUGUUGUUUUUUUGUUAACUUACUUGAACACAGGCACUAAACACAAUCUCACUGCCCCUAAUAGUCGACUAAUCGUUAGUCGUCCAGAAGAGGCUUGGCUGACCAAAAUGUUAUUAGUCGCUUAGUUGCAUAAAAAAAAAAAAAAAAGAAAAUCCACAGACAAAGUCACGCAGUUCGUGACGGACAGAUCGUAAACGGCUACGGUAAUACAGUACAUCAGGCAGGACAUCCAAAUGCACGCCUAUCAUUCAUCAACCUCAAAUAUGGCUUAUCGUCUGAAAUAUGUAAGUAUUAGCAACUUUAUAUUGGCCGCUCAAUCUAAUGUUAACCUAGAGAAAUGUGCGCUGUUGUAUCUGUAUGGAGUGUAGAAGCAGAACAGAUGGAGGCGCCGGUGCACUCACUUGCUCUUAAAAUAGGCUACUCCGUAAUUUUUCAUCAUUCAGAUAAGAGAAAUACAUCCUUCAAAUCUGUAAGACUCUACGUUUAUUUGUGUGCACUCACAAUAACAAAAAGCGCUUUUGUAAAAUAAUGAAAGCAAACAGGAUGUGCUUUCUGUCAUCUCGGUCCGUGCACUUGAGUGCGAAACUGUAUAUAUCUUUGCCUUACAGACAUUAAAAAUAUAUCUAUAGAGAGUGAAAUGUCUACUUUCAAAUGAACCAAUACAAAUGGAAAACAAAUUCUCAGAUUAUGUAAUCCGUAUGAAACAUGCAUACAGGCGCGUCUACUACUGCGGAGAUGUAGUUAAACCGAGAACAAAGAAAGCACUAGUUUGUCAAAUUAUUAAAAUGUUAAUGGAGUCUCCUUACUGUUUUUCAAUGACACAUUCAUAAUCAUUACUUCUGCCAGUGUGCUGUGGCAAGCUGUACGCGUGUGCUUGAACGCUUAUUAGGCUAUGUAGGCAAUUAAAGGCUCAUAAUGAUUUAAAUAGUUUAUUAAUAAACGUGUGAUUAUUCGACUAAUGCUUCAAAUGAACGACUACUAGUCGACCAGAAAAAGUCGAGGGCAGUCCUAGUCCGCACUAUUUCCAGUCAUUUAAACUACAGCUGCAGGCAUCUUUUAACCCCUCUCAAAUAGGGAUGGGUCACAAUUUUCAAAUAUUCAAUUAGUUGAUUUAAUUAUAGAAUAUCAAAUAAGUUGAUUAUUGUCUAAAAAAAAGUCCCCGUGUUUGCGAGAGAAAGUAUUGAAAUAUAUUUUUUUCCUCCCAUCUCAUAUUUAUUCCCUGUAGGGGUUCCAUUUUUUUUUUAAUGGAAAUGGCCUAUCAUUAUGAGCAGUUGAUUUAUGCUAAUCCACAGACUGUUAUGUUAUUAAGUGCUGUCAUUUAGUUAUGUUUAUUAUAUUAAAUGUUUCAGCAUAUUACAAUCAUUAUAUGGCUUGAGUUAAGAUAGCCUAUCUUCUAAUGAAUUAAACAGUUUAUUAUACAUAUUGAAAGUGUGAAUGGUCUCUCUCCCUCUCUCUCUGCUCAUGGCUGUGUAGCCUAUACGUGCGUGUGUGCAUGCGGGGAAGGGCUGCGAUUUCCAAAUAAUAAUCAAGUAAAUUCAGAGCAAUCUUCAAAUAUUAUCUUUGCUUGAAAUGCCCAUCCCUACUCUCAAAAGUGCUCAUCAAUAUGGGCAUCUAUUAUGAUUGUUACUGCCGUCUCCAUUAUUUUUCAACUAUAAAACUAAAGGCUGGGCCAGUGUUGCCAACUAUGAAAAAAACAUUAAGGUGCAUGUGUGAGCUAAGCAUCCAGAGUAUGUGUGGUUAGAAAAAUCUGUCUGGACAUACAGUAUGCAUGUACUAUUCUGCUGAUGCAAUUUACACCACACGCAUUGUACGCAUACUCUAGCGCACGUAAAAAUCAAAGUAUACUUUGGCCUUAAGAUUAAUGCAUUAACCAGAAACAUUCCACUAUGACAUCUUUGAUGAGAUCUUUUGUUACAUGUUUAAAGAUCAAAGUAUGCCGUUUAUCAGAAGACUUGCAUGUAAUCUGAGCCCACAGAAUUCCAUGGAAAACUUCACAGAAUCUAUCAUUAACAACACUUGUAUGUUUGUUUAUUAAGUGUUUAUAUAACAAACAAUAGUGUCAUUACUCCGUUUUAGCUAAUAAUAUUCCACAGAAUCCCCAAAAUCAGUGCAUAUUUAUGAGUUAUUAUACUGACACUUAUAGAAAGUGUAUAGUGAACUCUGGGAUCUUGUGUAGAAAAGAUACCUUGCAUACCAGACGUUAUGUAUUUGUAUAUUAUACAUCACCAUGUAAAUAUAUUUUUAGAUUAAAGCAAACUUUAUAUUC